GGAUGGGGGGCAAGGGGGCGGGGACAGUAGAAAUGUGGAAGAUGUGGCAGCGCAGCCUCUGCUCUGCCGCCAGUCGCUGAGGAGCCGUCUGCCUUCUAGGUGAACCCGGAGCCAGUACUACUGCUUUAUUCGAGAGACGCGAUGCCGAACUGGGGAGGAGGCAACAAGUGCUCGGCGUGCCGCGGGACGGUCUACCACGCCGAGGAGGUGCAGUGUGACGGGCAGAGCUUCCACAGAUGCUGUUUCCUGUGCAUGGUCUGCAGGAAAGGUUUGGACAGCACCACCGUGGCCAUCCACGACCAGGAGAUCUACUGCAAGUCCUGCUACGGCAAGAAAUACGGACCCAAAGGCUACGGCUACGGACAGGGGGCGGGAACGCUCAACAUGGACCGAGGCGAGCGGCUGGGAAUCAAACCAGAGGAGACCCACACCCACAGACCUACAACCAACCCCAACCCGUCCAAGUUCGCCCAGAAGUUCGGCGGCUCAGACAAGUGCGCGCGAUGUGGAGACUCCGUCUAUGCAGCUGAGAAGAUCAUGGGGGCAGGCAAGCCGUGGCACAAGAACUGUUUCCGCUGUGCAAAAUGUGGUAAAAGCCUGGAGUCGACCACCCAGACCGAGAAAGAUGGGGAAAUUUACUGCAAAGCUUGUUACGCCAAGAACUUCGGGCCCAAAGGCUUCGGUUACGGCCAGGGAGCCGGCGCUCUGGUCCAUGCUCAGUGAUGGCCCGCCUCCACCUGGAACAUUUCUGACUGCUUGGUGUCCUGAAGUCCUCUUUUACUGAAAAGAAAAAGUGCUGUUAUAAAUAAACACAAACCAAACGUU